AUGCUCGCGGCGGGCGUCCCCGCCACCGACCGCAACAUCCCUUCGGCUGCGAAGGCCGUCGCCGCUGCCGAGACCUUGUCGCGCCCUCCGUUCGCCCCUCACGCGCUCCACGGCCUCGCCGCCAAGACUCCGUUCGCAGGCGACGUGUUUGUUGGGUCGGCGAUUCUCGACAUGUAUGCCAAGUGCGGCCACCUUGCAGACGCCCGACGGCUAUUCGAUGAAAUGCCGGAACGGAAUGUUGUCUCCUGGUCCGCACUCAUCUGUGGGUAUGCUGACGCGGGGAUGCAUCCUGCAGCGAUGGGAAUCUUCCGCUUGGCACUUGAGGAGGCCGUGCCGGUGAAUGACUACACAGUUUCUUGCAUCAUCCGAGUAUGUGCUGCAGCGACACUCUUUGAGCUUGGAGCCCAGGUGCAUGCCAGGGCUACAAAGACAGCGCUUCAUACAUCACCUUUUGUGGGUAGCUCACUUGUUUCGGUUUACUCAAAGUGUGGGCUUGUAGAGUGUGCUUACCGGGUGUUCAAUGAAGCACCUGAGAAGAACCUUGGCAUUUGGAAUGCAGUGCUCAUUGCAUCUGCUCAGCAUGGACAUACUGCUGCAGCAUUUGAGCGAUUUAUAGAGAUGCAGAACGCUGGAUUCCAGACCAAUCACAUAAUCUUCCUGUGCUUGCUCACUGCUUGUAGCCAUGCUGGCCUUGUUGAUGAGGGGAAGCGAUAUUUUUCUCUCAUGAAAGAUUAUGGCAUUGAACGACAGGCUGAACAUUAUGCUUCAAUGGUUGACCUACUUGGUCAUGUAGGGUCUCGUAGCUCUGGGGCACAUAUGCUUUUGUCAAGCACAUAUGCAGCUGCAGGAAGGCAUAUUGAUGCAGCUCUUGCUAGGAAAGCAAUGCGUGAUGCAGGUGUACGGAAAGAAACAGGACUUAGCUGGUUGGAAGCUGCAGGGGAGGUGCAUACCUUUGUAUCGAACUGCAGGAGACACCAACAAAGUGAGGAAAUUUACAAGGUGCUAGAGAAAGUUGGUGAGAAGAUGGAGGCAGCUGGUUAUGUGGCAGACACUAGUGCAGUGGUUAAGGAUGUGGAUGGGGAUGAGAAGCGAGCAACAGUGAGGUAUCACAGUGAAAGGCUAGCAAUAGGGUUAGGUCUUUUGAUUGUUCCACAAGGUGUGCCAAUCCGAGUUAUGAAGAAUUUGCAUGUGCGUGAUGAUUGCCACAAUGCAAUUAAGUAUCUAACUAAGUGCACAGGUAGAGUUGUGGUUCUUAGGGAUAAUCGUCGGUUCCACCGAUUUGAAGAUGGGGUGUGCUCUUGUGGGGAUUUCUGGUAA